AUGGUCAAGGACCAUGCAGAGAAGGGGAUCCGAACUCCUGAUGACUUUCCAGGCCUACAAACUAAAGGAAAAGAUGCAUCGAAAUCAUUCAAAUUGGCAUCGGCAUCUUCUGGUUCGGCAAAACCGUCGAAUACCGAAAAGAAAACGUCCGGUACGGCCGAUGCGAAGGCCAAAAAAACUCCCGUUGAACGCGUAGCUGGUGAAAAAGCUAAAACCGACAAGAAGACUGCUGCAUCGCCGAAAGGUAAGAAAGCCUCUCCGAAAAAGAAAGCGCUUGCCGCUGCGGCCAAUACUAAAAAGGCAACUGCCGAGGAUAAAAAGACCAUCGCUUCUAAGGUUUCGUCCGCGACUUCUGCUAGUAAAACCAAGUCUCCUUCGAAAGCAUAA